GAGGAAGUUCAGUUCCGUGCCGUGCUCGCGCGCACCCACCCCGCACGCCGCAUGCCGCCUUUUACUCCGCGCUGCUGCUGCUGCUGGGACGAAGAAAAUCUUUUCCUUCACCUUUCUCUCCUCUUUCCCAGUUCAUGCACGGGCUCUGAUUGACGCCAUGGGGGAUGCCGCCGCCGCCGCAGCAACGGCCUCCACGUCCGCUCCCGCCACGCCCACCUCCAUCCUCAUCUGCCUGGAGGACGGCAGCGACCUUCUCUCCGACGCCUACGAUGGCGCCGGCGCCACCGACUUCGUCGUCGCCCGCGACGAGCAUCUGCUUGUCGAGGACCAGGACGAGGAGUACGUCGCGCUGCUCCUGUCCAAGGAGAGCGCGGCAGUAUGCGCCCCGGCGGAGGAGGAAACGGAGGAGUGGAUGAAGACCGCACGCUCCGGAUGCGUCCGCUGGAUCAUCAAGACCACGGCGAUGUUCGGGUUCGGCGGGAAGACCGCGUACGUCGCGGUGACUUACCUCGAUCGCUUCCUGGUUCAACGGCGAGUCAAUAGGGGGAACGAGUGGGCUUUGCGGCUGCUCACGGUGGCGUGCCUGUCGCUGGCGAUCAAGCUGGAGGAGGAGCACGCGCCGCGGCUGUCGGAGUUCCCGCUAGACGAGGACGAGUUCGACAGCGCGUCCAUCCUGCGGAUGGAGCUCCUCGUCCUGGGCACCCUCGAGUGGCGGAUGAUCGCCGUCACCCCCUUCCCCUACAUCAGCUACUUCGCGGCGCGGUUCCGGGAGGACGAGCGCCGGGCGAUCCUCAUGCGCGCCGUGGAGUGCGUCUUCGCGGCGAUCAAAGUGAUAAGCUCGGUGGAGUACCGGCCGUCGACCAUCGCCGUGGCAUCCAUCCUCGUCGCGCGCGGCCGGGAGGAGACUCCCGCCGGCAGCCUGGACGCGCUCAAGGCGAUCCUGGGGUCAUCGUGCCCGCAACUAGACACCGGGCACGUGUACUCCUGCUACAGAGCGAUGAUUCGGGAGGACGACAAGUCGCCGACGCACUCGACGUCGACGGGGGUGGCGUCCUCGGGCGUCUCUGUCGCCGGGAACGGGAGCCCCAGCCCGGGCGCCAAUAAUGCCGCUGGCUCCGGCCCGCCUGCAACCCCGGAUAGCCACAAGCACAACCACAACCAGAGGAGACGGUUGCGCUCACCUCAGCGACAGUAGGAGGCUAGGAGCUGCUGGGCAGUGCAGUUGCAGUCCAGCUGCAUUUUUCAGCUCACCAUUUUCUUUUUGCUACCGAUUGUUUGUUUCUUCAGGGGUGGCCAGAACGCCCGAAUCCAAGCGGGGGCGAGAUCUGAUUCUUCGGGUUAGUGCGGUGUCGCAGGGUGAUCUGGUGAUUUAGUGUCGGAAAGAUCUUUUGUUUUGUGGAGAUCUUUUCCCGGGAUCAAAGUGGGAGGGCAGUGUAAAGACUAGACCAAAGCUGAAACAGAGCAAAGCUCUUGCUCAAAGCGCCAAGGCCUCAGCCGGUCAGACCUCACAGGGUACCUACCGAGGUGAAAGUGAUGUCAGGAGUCGGAAGUCAAUUUUUGUUUUUUUGUGUGUGUGUGUGAAUGCCGUCUGUACCAGCUAGUCCGUCUGUCUGUCCUCUAUCUUUCUCUGAUUAUUAAAUAGCCUGUCUGUCACUGCAUCAGUGGCAACCGUUAACUA